CGGGAGGAGUUAGCGGCUGUUGGGAGAACGGGUUUACGGAAGCAGUCCCUUCCAAAACCCCAGCCAUCGCGGGGUAGGACACCUUCUUCCCUCCCAGGCCCGGGGCGCCCGCCUGAAGGGGCGCGUGUGCCGACGGCGACGGCUUGCCCCGGCACGCCCGGACUGGGCCGCGCUGCGGGAUCCCGGGGCCGCCGCCCGUUGGCCCCUCCCGGCCCUAAACCCCCAGGGGUCGCUGCGCGUCCGCCCGGAGCGUGUCAGCUCCAUUCUGUGGAGACUGAGGGCAUGCAUUGCAGCAGCUCCAAGAGCGGAGGCGCCCUAGCUCCAGUGCCUCGAGGUCCUGAUGCCUGUCAGAUGAUAACCAGAGCCCAGCUCGGCCAGGAUCCCCCACAGAGAACCGUGCUAGGGGUGCUAACUGAGAAUGGGCAGUACAGGAGGACCUGUGGCCAGGGGAUCACAACAAUCAGGUGUUUCUCUGGAUCAGAAAAUGUCUUCCCUCCAGCUGGAAAGAAAGUGCUCUCUGACUGCACGGUCCAGGUGCCAGCCAAGCAAGGAUUUGACAUCUACAUGGAUGAGCCUGAUCAGGGGGACAGAGACAGCUGCACAGGGAAAGAGGAGAUGGCAUUUGAGGAUGUGUAUGAGGUAGACACCAGCACACUCAAGUCAGACCUUCACUUCCUGCUGGAUUUUAACACAGUUUCUCCAAUGGUGGUAGAUUCAUCUCUCCAUUCCCAGUCUGAAGAUGCAUCAGAUUUUGGUACAGAUGUGAUAAACAUGACUGAAUAUGCUGAAGAAAUUCAUCAGUACCUUAGAGAAGCUGAAAUAAGACACAGGCCCAAAGCACACUACAUGAGGAAGCAACCAGAUAUCACGGAAGGCAUGAGAAUGAUUCUGGUGGACUGGCUUGUUGAGGUCGGUGAAGAGUAUAAGCUUCGAGCAGAGACUCUCUAUCUGGCUGUCAACUUCCUGGACAGGUUUCUUUCAUGCAUGUCUGUUCUGAGAGGGAAAUUGCAGCUUGUAGGAACAGCAGCUAUUCUUCUGGCUUCGAAAUAUGAAGAAAUAUACCCACCUGAAGUAGACGAGUUUGUCUACAUAACUGAUGAUACUUACACAAAACGCCAACUGCUAAGAAUGGAACACUUGCUCCUGAAAGUUCUGGCGUUUGAUCUCACAGUGCCAACCACCAACCAGUUUCUCCUUCAGUACUUAAGGAGACAAGGAGUGUGCGUCAGAACUGAGAAUCUGGCCAAGUAUGUAGCAGAACUGAGUCUACUUGAAGCUGACCCAUUCUUGAAAUAUCUUCCUUCAUUGGUAGCUGCAGCAGCUUAUUGCCUGGCAAACUAUACUGUGAACAGGCACUUCUGGCCAGAAACCCUUGCUGCAUUUACAGGCUAUUCAUUAAAUGAAAUUGUGCCUUGCCUGAGUGAGCUACAUAAAGCAUGCCUUGAUAUACCCCAUCGACCUCAACAAGCAAUUAGGGAGAAGUAUAAGGCUUCAAAGUACAUGCACGUGUCUCUGAUGGAACCACCUGCUGUUCUCCCUCUGCAAUAAGUUUCCUAUGCAGGCACUUUCAGAACUUCACCUCCGGAUCAGCCGAAUUCGUCUUAACUUUUAUAGGUUUCUGCAAGUUAGGUCAACUAGUGUUGCUACAAGAUAGAUGCCAUAUUUUUAAAAAUGGAAAUGUAGUUAGUUCGUCUUAGACUUUAGUAGCUUGUAAUAUCAUCUAACCUUUUUUAAAGAAUAAACAAACAACUUGCCUUGUGACCAUGUGUUAGACUUAUUUACUAAUUAGGAUGGCCCAUAUGCUCGCCUGGAAUUUUAGUGGGGAGCAUUAUAAAUGCCAUCUCUAUUUCAAUAGUUCUCCAAAGUUGGUUUCAUAAAUCUGGCAUGCUAUUAGGAUUAAGUGUUUUGAGGAAUUCAGAGAUUUUUGUUGUUUGGUGAGUGACCUCCCCUGAGACUUUUUCCUUCCUAUCGCUUUACUCUUCACGCAGCUCUCCAUAAAUUGGCAAAGGAAGGAACUCUAAGCUUAGACUCAUUGGUGCAGGGAUAUAAACAGGCCCUUGGCAGCAUAACAGGCAUGCUGUGCGUUUGCCACAACAUUGCCCCCUCCUCAGGAGGCAGUGGGAGAGGGCAAUUCUGGCCAAGACUUUCGUGGUAGAAGUGCUGUUUGUCCCUUUCGGGCCUUAAAGAUUUGAGGGACCUGGUUGGGGACGCUUCCUCUCAUUCUCUGCCAGUUAACAUGGGCCAAUCACCUCCCUGGGAAACAUGGCUGUCUCAAACUGCAGUUUGGAUCCUGACAAAGUAACCAUUUCUUUUACUAGCAAUAUUCUUGUUUUGGAAUGUUUUACUUCAGCUGGAAGGGACCUGAGAAAUAGUCCUUCAUUAUGAAUUAUAUUGCAAAGGAGGAUUUUGCUGCUAACCUGGAUCCAAAAUGUAACCUUGACUUUAGGUCACAAAACCGCUCUACAAAAUCACAAAACCAGGACAUAGAGGGCUGAACCUAUAAUUCUUAUGUUCUUUGCUGCCAGCGAUUUGUACAUACUUAUUCCCACCCCCCAACACACCCAUCCACCAAUUGCAAAGACCUGGUCCUCAGCUUUGACUUGCUUGUCUUAUUUUGUGUCCCUGAAAUACUUUAUUUAGAACUAGAAUGUAAUUGUUGCCUAUGGACCUCCCAGCCUGCUUGAGACAGAAUAGCAGCCUUCAUUGUCUCCUUCCUUUCAUCCCACUCUUUUUCUUCCUGGAAUCUGGUGUUGAAUCACACAUGGUUUUUAUACUUCAUAAGAAUGUAUCCAUAAACAUUAAUGCUUGCUUUAGAAAUUUAAUGGUUGUUGACUAUCUUGCAUAUCCUUUGUGUUAUAUGUUUUAGGCAGCACUGCAUUUCGAGAUUAUCUGUAUUGAGUAAGUUGAAUCCUCGUUAUUUAUAUUAUUGUGGAAUGUUAAAUGAA